CACGCCCCAACAUUCAGCACCUCAGUGACUUUUUGCGCUUUGUUAGUUGCCUGGCCGUGCUGAGGACCCAAUGUCUUCUGCAGUGGCGCUUGCCAAAGCUGAGGUCAGCGAGAAUGCUAAAGCCAGCCAUGCCAUGCAUGAGUUUGCGAGGGUCAGAGAAGCUGAUGCUGAAGGUGAAGGUCAAAAAGUCUUGGAGAAGCAUGGCUUCGCCGCUCCAAUUGAAAUUGAUUGUGUAGACCUUGGGCCUGAGAAGCGCUUGAAAGGUUUCCCCUACAUGAAAUUCUCCAACUGGUUGAAAUAUCUUUUGGACACCGGCCGCCUGCCAAGAGUGAUGUGUGGCUGCACGGACUUGCCAUCAAUGAGGGUAAAGCUGCGAGAGUUUUGGUCACGCUACCAGAAGAUCCACCCAUGGCAUGGGAUCUUUGACUUGCAAAAGUCAGGAACUGAUUUGAGCCUAGUGCUGCCAGUUUACAGUCAUUCAGACGAAGGUCGUAGCUACAAAAAACAAGCGCUCUUUGUGCUCAACACCCACAGCGCGCUGGGACGUGGAACGCAGGCAUGGCUGAAGAAGGGCAAGGACAAAUCUCCUUUGCAUCGGAAUGGCUUUGGUCUGAACUUUGUUGGGGGCACUUGGUCCACUCACUGCAUGUUCACAUGCAUGCUGCGCAAGUUCCACAAGAAGAAUGGAAAAGUCUUAGAUCAGAUGCUUCAGCUCUAUGCCGAUGACAUGGAAUUCCUGCUGAAGACAGGUGUUGAAAGUUCUGAAGGCUUUCGCAUUCGCUGCUGUCAUUUGGGACACAAGGGAGACCUGCCCGCACUUGCUCGUGCUGGCCACAUGCUCCACACAUUCGGCAAUGUUCCGCGUGCCGCGUCUUCUCAGAAGCCAUGCCAAGGGGUUUGCUGGAUGUGCAAGGCUGGCCAAGAAAGAAACCCCCGAUUGCAUUUGGAUCCGGUUCCUUUUGAAGACAGUUCUGGUGCUCCCCUUUGGGAACAAACCUUGGGCCAGCAGCAGCCAUGGCUGCGGACUCCUGAGCUUUUGUCUGGUGUCCCUCUUGAGCCACGGGACCAUUGGACAUUCUACAAAACUGACAUCUGGCACAAUCUUCACCUUGGUGUUGGAAAGCAAUGGUGUGCAAGUGCCUUUGUCUCCUUCGUUGACAACCUCGACUUCGGUGGAGGAAUGAGCAUGGAUGACAAAGUGGAGGCAUUGAAUUCUCAGUACAAAGCAUGGUGCAAAAUGAAAAGGAUCACUCCGCAUGUGGAGGAGCUUGGCCGGGAAACUCGUAGCUUGGCCGGGAAACUCGUAUCUUGGCCAACCUCAGCCAGUUGCCCAUGUGGAUCAUGGCACAAAGGUGCAGCCACUACACAUUUCAUGCAAUUUCUCGAAUGGUUCUGUGAGCAGCACAAGGAUGAAUGCGCGGCAGACCCGCUUCUCCAAGCCAUUGCUACUGGUACUUCAGCCAUGAACACAGUGAUGGCAUCACUGUACCAAGAAGGCUUUUUCAUCAGAGCCUACAAGGCAGAGAGGAUUGCGAAAUUGUGGCUGCUCUUCUUGCAGAAAUAUGCUCUUGCUGCCCACAUUUGCUACUCCCGCGGCUUGCGCCGCUUUGCACUUGUCCCAAAGCACCACUACUUGCAUCAUGGCUGCAUUCGCUUGUUGCGCGAGGCCCAGAGAGCUCUGAGAGAUUCGGGCGGCUGGGCACUUUCCCCCCUGGGGGAAAGUGUCCAGAUGGAAGAAGAUUUCAUAGGACGUCCCAGCAGGAUGUCCAGACGCGUGAAUCCUAAAAGGAUUCAUUACCGGGUGUGCCAAAGAACUUUAAUCUCGGCGAUGAUCGCCUUGAAACAAUCCGACAAGGAUGACCGAGGUUUGUUCACAUCCCAUUUCCUUUGAGCCUUUAACCAAAGUCAGCUUCUUGACAUCGCGACAGCUGUG